UUUACUCCUUUGCCCUUCCCCCAUUUUUAUUUGUUGCUCUCUCUCUCUCUCUCUCUACCCACUAUUUAUUUGACCUUUACACCUUUUAACUUUUUCUCUCUAUUUCAUCAUCUAGUUGUGUGGUUUUCAUCUCUGUCUCUUCCUGUUUUUACUUUACCCUUUCCCCUCUCUCUCUCUCUCUCUCUCUCUCUCUCUCUCUAUCUCGUCCUCCUUUCUUCUUCCUCUUCAUUCUUCAUCUUCUAUCUCACACCUGCGACUAGCUAGGGUUUCUAUGGCGGUUUUACCGACGGCGAUGGGAUCGUCGAGCUUGGAGUUGACUAUAUCCGUACCUGGCUUCUCUUCGUACCCGUCUUUUCCUAAUUCAUCUGUGAGAGACUUGGACAUAAACCAAAUACCAUCACUACAAGGAGAUCAAGAAGAAUGGAUGACAGCGGGCAUGGAAGACGAAGAAGAAAGCAGCAACGGAUCGGGUCCUCCCCGCAAGAAGCUUCGUCUCACAAAGGAACAGUCUCGUCUUCUCGAAGAGAGCUUCAGACAAAACCACACCUUGAACCCUAAACAGAAAGAGGCGUUGGCGAUGCAGUUGAAGCUGAGGCCACGCCAGGUCGAGGUGUGGUUUCAAAAUCGUAGGGCCAGGAGCAAGCUGAAGCAAACAGAGAUGGAAUGCGAGUAUCUGAAGAGAUGGUUCGGAUCGCUGACUGAACAGAACAGGCGGCUGCAAAAGGAGGUGGAGGAGCUGAGGGCAAUGAAAGUCAGCCCGCCCACCGUGCUUUACCCCCACAGUUGCGACCCUCUUCCGGCAUCCACACUCACCAUGUGCCCUCGUUGCGAGCGAGUCACCACCACCACCACUCCCGACAGGAACAGGGGCGGCGGGCCAACCAAGACUAAUAAUAUCCCGGCCACCGCGGCCCCAACCUUGUCCACUAAAGUGGCGACGCCUGCCCUCUAAUCGCGGCUGCGUGUAGUUAAUCUUAAUCAGUUUGUAAUUUGACCAACUUGAUCAUGAUCGUCAUCGAUAUCAAAGGAAUGAAUAGUGAAAAGAAAUUAAGAUUAGAUAAUGUUAAUGUUAGUAUAA